AAAUACUCAAAUCUUUUUAUCUCUUAAAAGUGAGAACUGUGGUCUGCGGAUAAUUCAAUAACUAAUAACAUUAAUAAUUAUAAUAUUCAUUAUUUCUCGUUAAUAGUCUUUUUUAUCCCAAUUAUAAUUUGUUAUUAAACGAUUUUUAAACUUGUAAUUUUGUGGAAAAUAAUGGAAAAACUGAUUAAAUUAAAAACUUUGAAUUGUCAUAUUACGUGUAAAAUAUGUAGAGGCUAUUUAGUUGAUGCCACAACAGUAACAGAAUGUUUACAUACAUUUUGCAAAAGUUGUCUUGUGAAACAUUUAGAAGAGAACAACAGUUGUCCUACUUGUCAAAUUGUUAUUCAUCAAUCGCAUCCAUUGCAGUAUAUUAGUUUUGAUCGUACGAUGCAGGAUAUUGUAUUUAAAUUAGUACCUGGGCUUCAAUUAGAUGAAAUAAAGCGUGAAAGAGAAUUCUAUAGAAUCAGAGGCUUACCUUAUCCUAAAGAAGUCCCGGCCGGUACUGAAAUUGAUGAUGAUAAGACAGCACAAGAUCAAGCAGCAGCAGAUUCCGACUACCAUAGAACAGAUGAACAAGUAAAUAUUGGAUUGGAAUGUGUCGCAUCUCACUUGAAGUCAUUAAAGAAAAAGUUCCUAAGAGUUUCAUCUCAGGCCACUAUUACACAUCUUAAAAAGUUCAUUGCUGUGAAAGUACUUGAUGGAUCAGAUAAAUACAGAGAUAUUGACAUCUUGUGUAAUGAUGAAUUAUUGGGAAAAGACCACACUCUUAAAUUUGUGUAUGUAACAAGAUGGCGAUUCAGAGAACCCCCUUUAAAACUUCAAUAUAGGCCAAAAUUAGAUUUGUAAAUAAUUUUUUGAUCUGUUUUUUUCAGUAUUGUAUCUUUAACUUAUCGCAUGUACAACUUUUUUUAUAUUAUAUCUGUUAAUUUAAGUUAAAAAUCAUAACUUAUUUAAAGUUAAUUUA